GCGGCCAACGGGCGCACACACCCGCCACUCUUUAUAUAUAAAGGAGAUCUUGCGAAACCGUUAGCACAUUCGGACUACAACCUGUCCAGGAAGUCACCUGCUUCUUUUGUCAUCUGAGAAACGCGACAAGAUGCUGUUCAUUCUGUGUGUGGUAUCAACGCUGCUGAUGCAAACGAUCGGGGCGAGUCCUGCUGUCGACAACCAAAACAGAGCUCAAAUUAUACGUUAUGAUAUUGAAACAGCCAACCUGCCAAACUCCUAUAGAUUUCAUUACGACGGCACUGACGGUUCAUCUCGCACCGAAGAGGGUGCCAUUUUGAACCCAGGCACCAAAGACGCAGCCUUGGACGUCGCAGGCGCUGUUCGCUGGUACGACGCAAAGGGCCACCUCUACCAAAUGACGUACAAAGCUGGAAAGAGAGGCUAUAGAACAAUCAUCAAGAAAUUAUCAUAAUACUUAGUCGACAAUGUAAUACGUGCCUUAAGUAUUAGUUCGAAUAUACUUCGAUAACAAAAGACUGGACAUAAUAAUGUUAUUUAUUU